UGGUCAUUAUUAAAGCAUCGACCAUCCGACCGUUUUCCACUGGUGGAAAUUGUUUUUCCAAGCAUCCGCCAAUGGCGCCCGUAAAAGCAGCGCUGAUUGACUUGAGCGGCACUCUACACAUAGAGGACCAACCCACGGAAGGUGCCGUGGAAGCACUGAAUAGAUUGCGAGAGCUGGGAAUUUCGGUAAAAUUCGUCACCAAUACGACCAAGGAAAGUGUAUCGUCGCUUUAUGCACGGCUCGCCAAAAUUGGAUUCCAACUGAAGCAGAACGAAAUCUAUAGCUCCCUCACGGCAGCAUCCCACUACAUUCAGAAUAAUGGCCUCAAUCCGUACUACAUCGUGACGGAUGAUGCUCGGAAAGAUUUUCCAGCAAAUGAUAGUACACGGGAACAUGAUGCUGUCGUGAUAGGCCUAGCUCCAGAGCGGUUCUCCUACGACUACAUCAACGAGGCAUUCAGAAUACUACACAAUAGCAAGGGAAGGGCCCGCUUGGUUGCCAUCCAUGAGGGCAAAUUUUACAAGACUAAACAAGGAAUUUCUUUGGGUCCUGGUUGCUUUGUGAAGGGCUUGGAGUUUAGUUCUGGAGUGAAAAGCGUUUGCAUUGGAAAACCCAACGAAUAUUUCUUCAGAUCAGCCUUGCCGAACGGCUUGAAUCCUGAGGAGUGCGUUAUGAUUGGUGAUGACCCAAACGACGACUGUCUUGGAGCCAUGGCAAUCGGAAUGAAGGGAUAUCUGGUGGAAACGGGAAAGUAUCAACCGGAGUUAUACGAACAGAAUUCUCUUCCGAAAGUUAGCGGUAUCUUCAAGAAUUUCAGUGCCGUCGUUGAUCAAAUUGGCGAAAUGGUUAGCAAAUAAAUAGAACAC